UUGUGUCCGCGUUCUUCUCCGUCUCACGUAGUUCAAACACGGAGAAAAACAAUCCGUUUCGCAUGGGAAGAGUGAACAUAGUUUGGCAAAAGGCGAAGCAAUUGUUGUUAUCACAAGAGAAGUUUGACGCGUUGUACGUUGAGCUGGAGCGGCAAGACAGAGACGAGAUAAAAUGGAAACAUCAGAAACAAGAUGGGAAGGAUAAUCUCGGCGAAGCUGAGGCGAUUAUCAGACGGAAUUUGAUGAAUAUUAUGGAAAGGUACGGGUUGUUGGGUGCUGGGGAGGAAGGCCAUGAUCAUAUUGAGACGAAUCGGGCACACGACUCGUCGUUCAAGAAAGACGAGAGGCUAGAGAAAUUGUGGGAACACGCCAAAAAUGAAGUGCAAUUUAGCAAAGAAGAAUUAGAAAAGCUGCGCAAGGAACUAACUCACCAUCACGAUAAAUGGAAGCAGUACAGGGAUUUGGUUGGAAUUGUUUCCGCACAUAAAGACAGACAGAAUAACAUUGUUGGAAAGAACAUACCACAUGAGGAAGCUUUCUCAAAGCUUCAAGAGGAAAUGAACAUGAAGCGUAGAGAAGUGGACAGCAGCUACCGUCGAUUAAAAAUGAAAGUUUUGUCUGGAGCUCCCAAUGAAGAAUUUCAAGACCAUCGCGUCAGAGAUUUGUGGAAAAGAGCCCAGGUUCAAGGGUACUCGGAGGAAGAGCUUGACAUCAUGAAAGAAGAAUUACGGCAUUUUGAUAACAGGAUAGCAAAGCAUGAUCACCUUCAAGAACAGCUUGAUGUUGCUGAGGAUAUGCUUAACAAUGGCCAUGAUCACAUUAAACCCAAGUUUGAAAAGUUGACUGAAAAAGUGAACGAACACAGAAAAUAUAUAAAGAAGUUACACACAACACUGGAGAAGAGAAUAGGACCUCGUAAUGAGUUGUGAUUGAUAUUACCCUCAAGAAAUGAUGGUCAGAUACGAAAGUAUGGUGUAUGCAUAUAUGGAUUAAAUGCUUGUGAGUGUAACGCUUGGAAGAUGGUUGGAUGGACUGUCCUUUAAUCCAUCAUUUUCUAAUGGCGAGUGUGGCAUGUAACAAGAUUAUCAACUAUUUGCAACAAUAUUGUAAACAAUGUUGUAAUUUUAGUAUUUAUAAAAUGUUUUUAUGUUCCAUAAAUAGUGACUAUUUCAUUACUGGUCCAUUCUAAAUGACA